ACGCGCCGCGCUGAUGGUCCGCGCCACCGCCACCCGGAGCCCUGGCGCGCGGGCCCACGCCGCGCACACGUGGUCGGGCCUCGCCUGCUCUCGGGCAGGCGGCGCGCAGCCUCGGGGGCGCGCGCUGGAGGGAAAAGCCUCUCCUUACAGCCCUUCUCCGCCUCCACUCCUGUAACUCUUCAUCCCGCGUCUCGGGCGGGGGCUGGAAUUUAACAAGUUCGCCGCCGCUUGGGAUCCUUUCCCUACUCCCUGGUCUUGUUAGACACCCUGUUUACCGUCCCCUAAUUGCCCCGGGGGGAGAAGUGUGCGCCUUCCCUACUCCCCCGACGCGCAUCCUCUCCACUCAGUAAGAGGGCUUGCGUUGUGCCUGAAGUGAUGCGACCAGGAGAGACUAAAAUAACAGGGUGAUGGGCGAGGGGCGAGCUCCAGACAGGUGUGUUGACACUAGCCUUUCUGCGCAGAGGUGGGAAGUAAAGUGGGGGAGGAACAGAGAGCUGUCAGAGGGGCAGGACCCAACCCAGUCCACCCCAGGGCGGGCUAGGUGCAGAGGCCUAGCGGCACCUGCUUCUGCCCUGCGGGGCAGAGAACGUGACAGAUUCAAUUAAAGGGCCCCAAGCCAAGCAGACAGGUCGAGUCUCCUAGCAGUUGUGGCCAGGACGUCUGGCACUCAGCCUUUCUCACUCCUGUCCACCAGACACCAACUAGGCACAGCCACCCUUCCAAGCAGGUCUUCCUGCCACAUGCCUAGAUUCAGGGUGUAUCUUGGGGACUUUUUCUGCCACGAACACAGGAAUCAAUCGAUAAGAGGUGGCUUCUAUUCUUUUGUGGCCAUCCAGCCACCUUUUUUAUAGAACUGGUCCCACCCUGUUGAGGGAACUCAGACUAGGACUCAGAGUAGGACUCUGGAGCUGGUUUGCUCCCUCAGGAAUGGGGUGUGUGGUAGGAGGAACUGGGUGGCAGCAGGGAGAGGUACCGGGGAGAGGCUGCUUCAGAAUGGAACUGUAAUCAUUGACCAACUCUAGGACAGAGGCCACACUGUGUCUGUGCGUCUGCUUCAGGCUUCGAACUGAAUGCUGGCAGCCCCCUCCCCAAAGCCUGAGGGAGGAAUUGGAGAAUACAGGGUUGAGAUGGACAGGCAAUGCUGGGGUGGUGGCUGGGAGCCAGGCCUGGUCUAACCCGUUUUCCAGCUCUCAGUGCCCCAGGCUGAGACUCCUGCCCACCUGGGUGCCAGAGCCAGGGAGGGGCCGAGUGACCUGUCACUCCCAUGGGAACCAAGUGGGACUGGUGGCAUGUCUGAUGAUUCAAGGAGGCUGUGCCCAUCUCUUUGGAUGCCCAAAACCAGCUCCCACCCAUCUGCCUCACUGCUAGGCAUGGAAGGGGUACUUGGGAAGGGGGGGGCAGCCCAGGUAAAGCUGGAGAAGUAGAGUCAGGCAUGGGGAGGGAUUCAGAGACCAAGCUCAUCUUCCUAAUUACUGUUUAUAAAACUGGGUGGUGUCUGGUGACAUAGAGAGCCAGCCCCCCUCCCCUACUCCCAGGGACUAUGGACCCCAGUUUUCACAUUUUCUAGGUACCCCAGGGCUCCCUGGGUCCACUGUCCUUUAUCUCACUGCCCAUGUGUAUGCAUUCUUACCCCAGGAAACAGGGGUAAGGAAUGCUCCUUGGAGUUUCUGUCCUCCAUCCCUACACCCCUCUGUACCACCACCAAGGGUAUUCGGACCAACACUUUGAUGGUGAUUAGCAAGGCAGAUGGGGAUGACAAGAGACCCAGCAUCUGCUGCUUUGUCCCAGAGAUGAUACUGAAGUACGAGGCACAGCCAUCUUGUCUGGGUAUUGUGCCCCUUGCUCUACCUAGCCUGGCUAUGGGGACAGUGCCACCCAAGUGGAGGAGGGAGGUGUGUGAUGAGGCAAGAGUGCUGGCCGCUUGGCACGAUGCUGUAAGGGGCUUGGUGCUGAGCCCCCCGGUGCCCUGGUCAGUUGUAUUGGAGACCCAGUGGUCCAUGGCCUCGGGAUGAGGUAGCUGGGACUCAGUAGAGGCCAGUAAUAUUGCUAUGUGUCGAGAUCCUCGGGCCCUGAGAUUGCUCGGAUCAGCCGAUACUGGCCAGCGGCUUGGCACACGUGCAGCCUCCCUUCUCUGAGUAUGCACCUUGAGUGGGCGGUGGACAUAUUUGUGUGUGUGCCAUGGAACCUGUGCGUGUACAUGCAUGAAGUACCACGCACGUCUGGGAGGGCAGGUCUUGUUGGACUGGCCUUGGGCGGACCGGCAAGGAAAUACGCUGGGAAUCGAUGGAGAGGGGGUGUGUGUCCCACGGAAGGCUCCCUGCCGCCUUCCCUGCUUCGCUGCCAUCGCCUCCGUCUCUCAUCCCGGUUGGUGCGGGAUGGGAGAUGGACGGAGGAAAUCCGGGCCUGGGUCUGGGAGUCGCUGGUGCCUGCGCCGUUUCUGUGGCAACCGAAGCCCUGCGGCGCGAGGGCUACACCGUGCAAGUGAACGUGAACGACUAUCUGGACAUCUACUGCCCGCACUACAACAGCUCGGGGGCGGGCCCUGGGGCGGGGCCCGGGCCGGGCGGCGGGGCGGAGCAGUACGUGCUGUACAUGGUGAGCCGCAGUGGCUACCGCACCUGCAACGCCAGCCAGGGCUUCAAGCGCUGGGAGUGCAACCGGCCGCACGCCCCGCACAGCCCCAUCAAGUUCUCAGAGAAGUUCCAGCGCUACAGCGCCUUCUCGCUGGGCUACGAGUUCCACGCCGGCCAGGAGUACUACUACAUCUCCACGCCCACCCACAACCUGCACUGGAAGUGUCUAAGGAUGAAGGUGUUCGUCUGCUGCGCCUCCACAUCGCACUCCGGGGAGAAGCCGGUCCCCACCCUCCCCCUGUUCACCAUGGGCCCCAAUGUGAAGAUCAACGUGCUGGAAGACUUCGAGGGAGAGAACCCCCAGGUACCCAAGCUGGAGAAGAGCAUCAGCGGGACCAGCCCCAAGCGGGAGCACCUGCCUCUGGCCGUGGGCAUCGCCUUCUUCCUCAUGAUGCUCUUGGCCUCCUAGUUCUGCCCCCUACUUGGCAGUGAGAGAUGGGUGGGGCCAAGAAGGGGCAGGGAGCCAUGGGCUCUCCAAGGGACGCCUAGCUGUGGGGCCUGUACCUUUCCACGGCUGAAACUGGGGUCUACACAUACAUCUGUGCCCGCCCCUUCUGCCCCCCUCGGUUAAGGGCACUGCACUGGGCCAGGCACGGGGACAGCCACAGCUCCCAGGUGGCCUUGUGCCUCUGGUAAUGUUUGGUACCAAACCGGGGGCAACGAAGGGUAGUGCUCAGGACUCCCUGCCCCCUCGUACCUCUCCCUGCUCCUGGUGCCCUCCCCCAUUGUCCCCUCAGAGAGACAGAUGUGCCCCAGAGAGAGCAAGCUGAAGCAUGGGAGGUGCCAGGUCACCCUCCUCCUGGGGCAGAGCAUGGGGAGGGGGCUCGAUAGGGGAGGGUGGCACCACCCGCUGCCCCCUCCCCCUGUUUACAGCAAUAAGCACGUUCUCCUCCCCCUCCCGCUCGAAGGAUUGUGGUUUGGAUUGAACCCAAGUUUACAAGUAGACACCCCUGGGGAGACAGGUAGUGGACAAGGAUGGCAAGGGGGUGGGCAUUGGGGUGCCAGGCAGGCAUGUAUAGACUCUAUAUCUCUAUAUAUAAUGUACAGACAGACAGAGUCCCUCUUCCUCCCUAACCCCGGCCCUUCUUGACUUCCCCUUCCAGCUUUAGACACCUCCCCACCAGGCUAGGCCCCCCGGGGGACCCCCUGGCCCCUCUUUUGUCUUCUGUGAAGACAGGACCUAUGCAACGCACAGACACUUUUGGAGACCUUGAGACAACAACGCCCCUCCCUUUUAGCCUUGCUCCUGGAACCAACUCCCAGGACCUGCCCUGCCCACCCUCUGUGGUCCCCACCCAUCCUGGGCCUUUUACAAGUGCUUUGGCUGUGACUUUCAUACUCUGCUCUUAGUCUAAAAAAAUAAACUGGAGAUAAAAAUCCCUGAGUGUGUGUGAUUUCAAGGGGAGACAGCCUUGCGUUCACUGAUCAUAACCCACAGGUCCUGGGUCUGGGUCUGGGCGAGAUUCUGGGCCAGAGUCACGACAGGCCUUGUCCCCUUUGAGAGCCGUGCCUCUCUGUGGCUCCAUGCUGGUUGACUUUGGGCAAAUCCUUUAACCUCUCUGGGCCUCAGGUAUCCCAUGUGAAUACUGGGCUAUAAAGCAUGCCUCAGAGUUGGUGUAAGGAUUAAAUGAUUUGGGAGUUAAAGCCUCAGUUGCGGAAGGUGAUCUUCUUUUCUCAUUCCACAGUGUAAUCGGAGGUUCUUGGCCGGGGUCUAUGGAUUUCUGGGGAUUUGUGAACCUAGAUAGGAAAAAAAAUCACACCUUUAUUUUCACUCCCUGUAACUGAAAUUUAACAUCUUUUAAUGUGGUUGGACAAGCCACAAAAGUAUUAACAGUACCUGUGACUUUGUAACCAACAGAAAUCACAGAUGUUUUCAGACUUGAGUUGUCAAAGAUACUGUCUCAUUUAUGUUCAUCUCUACUUUGAAAUGAUCAUAGUUGUGAGACCUUCCAUGUUCUUAAUGUGUUAAUAAAGAAACAUAUAUAUUACUAUACCCAAAA